GGGCAGUCGGAUGGUCGCACGCGGGGGCGGGGCCGCGCCUGCGCAGACCGCCUGUUAUGGCGGCCGCCUAAGUCCCACAGAGACGGGAGUCGGGUGGGACCCCAGGCUGGGCCCCGCGGCGGCUGGAUUCUCUUCCCUGGCCAAGUCUCUGAGACCUUCUCCCAGGGCGAUGCAAAGCUACUGGCUACCAGCUUGGACCUGUCUGCAGUAUCUCCUCUGGGACCUGCCAUGCUGAGGACCCAUUCUCACCUCUGAGGGACUCCUGUCCUAGGACUAAGGUGGAGCCUGGGCCAUGGUACAGCUGGCUCCUGCUGCAGCCAUGGACGAGGUCACCUUUAGGAGCGACACUGUGCUGUCAGACGUCCACCUCUAUACCCCGAACCAUAGACAUCUCAUGGUACGGCUGAACAGCGUGGGGCAGCCAGUUUUCCUGUCCCAAUUCAAGCUUCUAUGGAGCCAAGACUCUUGGACAGAUUCAGGGGCCAAGGGUGGCAGUCACAGAGAUGGUCACACAAAGGAGCCUCCUUCUGCCGAGACAGGCAGCACAGGGUCCCCUCCAGGAAGUGGCCACGGUAAUGAGGGUUUCUCCCUCCAGGCCAGGACUGACACCACUGGCCAGGAAGUGGCUGAAGCUCAGCUGGAUGAGGAUGGGGAUUUGGACGUGGUGAGAAGACCACGAGCCGCCUCUGAUUCCAACCCAGCAGGGCCUCUGAGAGACAAGGUACAUCCCAUGAUUCUAGCGCAGGAAGAAGACGACGUCCUGGGAGAGGAAGCACAAGGCAGCCCGCAUGAUAUCAUCAGAAUAGAGCACACCAUGGCCACGCCCCUGGAGGAUGUUGGCAAGCAGGUGUGGCGGGGCGCCCUGCUCCUGGCAGACUACAUCCUGUUCCGACAGGACCUCUUCCGAGGAUGCACAGCGCUGGAGCUCGGGGCCGGCACGGGGCUCGCUAGCAUCAUCGCAGCCACCAUGGCCCGGACCGUUUAUUGUACAGAUGUCGGUGCAGAUCUCUUAUCCAUGUGCCAGCGAAACAUUGCCCUCAACAGCCACCUGGCUGCCACUGGAGGUGGUAUAGUUAAGGUCAAAGAACUGGACUGGCUGAAGGACGACCUGUGCACAGAUCCCGAGGUCCCCUUCAGUUGGUCACAAGAGGAAAUUUCUGACUUGUACGAUCACACCACCAUCCUGUUUGCAGCCGAAGUGUUUUACGACGACGACUUGACUGAUGCUGUGUUUAAAACGCUCUCCCGACUCGCCCACAGAUUGAAAAAUGCCUGCACAGCCAUACUGUCGGUGGAGAAGAGGCUCAACUUCACACUGAGACACUUGGACGUCACAUGUGAAGCCUACGAUCACUUCCGCUCCUGCCUGCGCGCGCUGGAGCAGCUCGCAGAUGGCAAGCUGCGCUUCGUGGUGGAGCCCGUGGAGGCCUCCUUCCCACAGCUCCUGGUUUACGAGCGCCUCCAGCAGCUGGAGCUCUGGAAGAUCAUCGCAGAACCAGCAACAUGACCCAUCGCCUCCACAAGGUGCGGCGUCUCGACUGUUCUUAGAGUAUAUUUCUAGUAAAAUCAGAAGCUCACCAAAGCAA